UUUACCAAGCCCUUGUCUUCCACGACAUCCCUUGUGCUAUCAGGACACUGGGAGGUUGUGCAAUUGGUGAGUUUGCCGUAUCCAUGCGUGUGCGGCGAGUGGUGGUGCCGCCUUCCUGGGCAUAGUGGUAUUCUGUUUCGGCGUAUGCCCGGCGUGAAACAUCGAGGUGCCCAAGAAGAAGUGAAGAGGAUGGGGAUUUUCACCAAUAGCUCACCAUUUGAUGGUGACGUGGAGCGUGUCACCGACGAGAAGAACACGACCGACAACUGGGGCCUGAUCAUGGACAUCUGUGACCGGGCGGGGGCCAACCCCAAGGAGGCGCUGCGCUCGAUCGUGCGCCAGCUGAACCACAGAAAUCCGCACGUCCAGCUGCAGACUAUCACGUUGCUUGACGCGUGUGUCAACAACAGCGGAAAGCCCUUCCAUCUUGAGGUGGCCAGCCGCGAGUUUGAACAAGAGUUCAAGAAGCAUGUGCUGAGCCAGAGCACUCACAAGCGUGUGGGCUCGAGACUACUGGCUUCGCUGCAGAAGUGGGCCGAGACCGAGUUCCGCACGGAUCCGCAGCUGAGUCUGGUGCCCAGCCUGUACCGCAGCCUUCAGGCCGAGGGCCUGUACGCCCAGCUGGCCGACUCUGAGCCGCCCGUCAAGAAGCAGCCGGCGGCCAGCCGCGAUCCCAACGUGGUUUCGUCCCAGCAGGAAGAGGACGACAUCGCCAAGGCGAUCGCGCUGUCCAUGAAGGAGGCCGAGAAGUCGCCGCGCACCAGCAGCCUCUACCCGUCGGCGGCGUCGCUGGCGUCGGCCAGCACCUCCAGCUCGGCCCCGGCCGCCGCCGCCACCGCCCCUGCCGCGCCGGCCGCCGGCGCCGCCCAGAAGACGGAGCGGAAAGUGCGCGCGCUCUACGACUUCGAGGCGGCAGAAGACAACGAGCUUACCUUCAAGGCGGGCGAGAUCGUGCUUGUGACCGAGGACAGCGACCCCAACUGGUGGCUGGGGAACAACCACCGCGGCCAGGGUCUGUUUCCGUCCAACUUCGUCACAUCCGACCUGGAGGAGGAGCCGGAGCAGUGGAAGGACGAGCGGCAGCAGCGCAAGUCCGUGCAGUUCAACGAGGAGGUGGAGGUGAAGACGGUGGAGCGCUCCGCCGAGCCGGCCGCCAUCGACGAGGCCAAGAUCGGCCAGCUGCUGCAUCUGCUGAACGAGGCCGACCCGACCGGAGACCGGCCCGACUCGGAGCAGCUGCUCACGCUCGAGGAGCAGUGUCUGGCGAUGGGCCCGCUGAUCGACCAGGAGCUAGAGCGGACGGACCGGCGGCACGCCCAGCUCACCAAGAUCAGCUCCGACCUGGUGGACGCGCUCAACCUGUACCACCAGCUGAUGCGGGAGCCGCCGGCCGGCUCCGGCUUCUAUGCGCCGCAGCCGCCGCAGCCCCACCACCUGAAGCAGUACGGCGCGCCCGGCUACUUCGGCGGUAUGCCGCCGCCAGGACCGGGCCCCAUGCCGCCUCACUCUGCGCCGCAGGCGUACAUGGGCGCGGGCCCUAUGAUGGCGCCGGCGCCGGGACACAUGGCCGGCUACGCGCAUGCGCCGCCGCCAACCCACAUGGAUGCCGGGGGUCCGUCCAGCUCCAUGGGCCCGCCCGGUGCCAUGGGCCCGCCUGGCGCCAUGGGCCCGCCGGGCGCCAUGGGUCCCCCUGGUGCCAUGGGUCCGCCUGGCUCCAUGGGUCCGCCUAGUGCCAUGGGCCCACCUGGCUCCAUGGGCCCGCCUGGCUCCAUGGGCCCACCGUUCCCAGAUCACUCCACCGCCGGCGUACCUCCCCCGGGAGUCGAACCGCCCCAUUAUUGAAGUCGCUUCUGCCGCCCGGCGCGCCCCAGCACGCCGCCUGGGGGCUGUCGGCCGACCCCCACUUCGCCGGAUACGCGGCGCCCGUGGCCUCCGGACACCGGCCGCCCAUGUGAGCCCCUCCA